ACUCAAACCUGGACCAGGAGCAACCAGAGUCUGCUCAUAUUAAAGAGGAAGAGGAGGAACUCCUCAGCAGUCAGGAGCAAGAGCAGCUUUGGCUGAAGGAUGAAACUGAUCAGUUUUCAAUACCGGCUGCUCAUGAGGAAGAUGGUCACAGUGAUCCAGAACCAGACAGGGACCAUACUCCCUCUUACAGUCCUCCUGCAGACCAACAUUCACCUUUAGAGGAAAGCAUGGUUGAAGACUCAGGACCAACAACGUGUGCAGAUACACAGCCAGAAAAGAGCUGUCUAACGGAGACAAAUGAGAACGUAGGAGAGUCCUUUCUGUUAGAAAGUCAUUGUAAUGAAAGAGAUGAGAAACAACAUUCCUGCAAGUUCUGUGGGAAACAGUUUAAAACGAAAAGUAAGUUAACUGUUCAUGUAAGAACUCACACAGGAGAGAGACCGUACUCUUGUCAAACAUGUGGGAAAUGUUUCAGUCAAAAUCAAUAUUUGUUACGCCACAUGAGAACUCAUUCAGGUGAGAAGCCAUAUUCUUGUAAAACAUGUGGGAAAUGCUUUAAUCAAAAUAAUUUGUUAAGCCACAUGAGAAUUCACACAGCUGAGAAGCUGUAUUCUUGUCCAACAUGUGGAAAAUGUCUCAGUCGCCAGAGUACUUUGGUGAACCACAUGAGAAUUCACACAGGUGAGAAGCCGUAUUCUUGUCAAACAUGUGGAAAAUGUUUCAGUCACAAGAGUAAUUUGGUGAACCACAUGAGACUUCACACAGGUGAGAAGCCGUAUUCUUGUCAAACAUGUGGAAAAUGUUUCAGUCACCAGUGUACUUUGGUGUACCACAUGAGACUUCACACAGCUGCGAGACCGUAUUCUUGUCAAACAUGUGGAAAAUGUUUCAGUCACAAGUGUACUUUGGUGAACCACAUGAGACUUCACACAGGUGAGAAGCCGUAUUCUUGUCAAACAUGUGGAAAAUGUUUUAGGCACAAGACUACUUUGGUGAGCCACAUGAGAAUUCACACAGCUUCGAGGCCGUAUUCUUGUCCAACAUGUGGAGAAUGUUUCAAACAAAAUGAUGAUUUAAAGUACCACAUGAUCACUAACAGAGAAUGUCAAAAGCCACCUUCUAUAUGUGGAAAAGAUUCAAUCUAAAUCACGGGCUGUGAAUGAAUUAUCUUUGGCCUGCAUGAUCAUAUCUAAUCACUAUUAGAGCUGGCCUGCUGAUACAGCACCUGUACCACCAUAAUACUACAAGUCCCAGAAUGCACUGCCAGUACGCUUACAAUCAAGGCCCGUGAGCGUGUACUUCACCGAUUCUCCAGAAACCUGACGGAGCUGCUCACCUUUGUCAACAACCCCUCUCCCCAGAAAAUGGCUAAAGGAAAAGUGGACUUUGUAAACAGAGAAUAUGUUUGUGGAUGUAAAGGACAAAGCUGUGUGUCUUCUGUGUGGAGACAGAGAGGCUGGA